ACCAUGGCAUACGCCUUCGCAAUACGUUUUGCGAUGCUCUUUCCGUUGGCACUGUCGAUGGAUUUGACACCAGAAGUCACCUACCAACGGGUCGAACAAACCAUGGGUUUCGAUAUCAUUCGUACCAAUUUUCGAAUCACCAAGUUCAAUAGGACGUGUGCCGUUUUGAAUGGGACUGGCGAAUUACUCAUUGAUCUGGACAACCACUACACGUUUCAAAUCAUUUUUGAGCACAGCCGACUGGGCAACAAUCAGUUCAACAGAUCUCCGAUUAGAGUACCGGAGCAACCCGUGUGCGAGUUCAUGAAAGGAGCAUAUCGAGAAUUCCAAUACAUGCUUGUCGACACCACCAACUAUCCUCAGGUUGGCCCGGAAGGCUUGUGUCCGUUUCCGGCCGGACACUACUGGAACAGAAACUUGGUGUUCGAUGACACAAAGGUGCCGCCAUUCAUGUCUGAAGGAUUCUGGCGGGCUAUUUUGCUGUUCAAGGGACCAUCGGUCUAA